AUGGCCGAAGACGACAUAUACAACCUCGAGUUCCUCUCUCUAGUAAAUAGGAUCACCCAGGAGGUCAACAACUAUACCGGUCUAAAUGAUGCAACCAUUGCCGAGUUCGUAAUCGACCUACAUGACUCGUCGAGCAGUCUUCCGGACUUCAAGACCAAACUCAAGGAAAACGGCGCGGACUUUCCUGAAUCAUUCAUUGAAAAUGUCGAUCGUCUGAUUCUUACCAUGCAUCCGAAGCAUAGGAAGAAGUCUGCGCCCACAGGUGACGGAGCUGAUGGCACCGGUGACAAGGAGAACCUCGAUGAGAAGGACAAGCAGAGGCGUUUGUUCCCUGGUCUGGCCAAGCAGGAUCAAGAGUGGGAGCCCUCGAUACAAAAGGAUGUUCUAAUGAAGGAGGUGGACGAUAUGAUGGCCCAGUUCGAGAGUACUGCGAAGAGGCCCCGACCUGUGGAACGCGAGAGAUCUCCCAAGCGUCAGAGACGGUCAUCGCGUUCACGCUCACCAUCAAGACAACGUAGUGAUAGUCCUCCCAGAGGUAGAGGCUAUGACAGAAGAGGGGAUACACACGGUCGGAAUGGCGAUAGAGGACGGCGUGCGCUGGAUGAAAGGCCGGUGCUGUACAAGAUCUACGAUGGACGUGUGUCCGGUCUCAAGGAGUUUGGUGCUUUCGUUCAGCUGGAGGGCGUUGCAGGUCGAGUGGAAGGUAUGGUGCAUGUCUCGAAUAUCCAGGUUGGGAUGCGUGCCAACGCAGCCGCUGACUUGCUGCGACGUGGGCAGAAUGUCAAAGUAAAGGUCAUGAGCGUGGCUGGCAAUCGAGUGGGGCUAUCCAUGAAGGACGUGGAUCAAACUACUGGUCGCGACCUUACUCCCCAUUUGCGUAUCAAGUCUGAAGCUGAGAUGGAGGAGGAGCGACAACGCGCGGCUCGUGGGGCAUCUUCUGGCGCUAACGCAGUUCCAGUGGGAGCACAUACCGAGCCGGUGCGGUCUGCGAAGCGCCUGACGUCUCCAGAGCGAUGGGAGAUCAAACAGCUCAUCUCAUCUGGUGCCCUCGACCCAUCUGAAUACCCUGAUCUCGACGAAGAGUUCACGAAUCCUCUCGCUCGUGCUGAAGUGGAGGAAGAGUUGGACGUCGAGGUCAAGGAAGAGGAGCCGCCGUUCUUGGCGGGACAGACGAAACGAACGCUGGACCUGAGUCCGGUUAAAAUCGUUAAAGCGCCGGAUGGCUCACUCAACAGGGCUGCACUGGCUGGCGCUUCCCUAGCUAAAGAACGUCGUGAGUUGAGACAACAAGAAGCCAACGAACAGGCCGACUCUGAAGCUCGGGACUUCAGUGCUCCUUGGCUGGACCCUAUGGCCAAAGAGCAGGAGAGGAUGUUCGCGCAGGAUUUACGUGGUAAUAUCAAAGGCCAGAAAGCGGGCGAGGUCCCUCAGUGGCGGGCCGCUACUUUUAACAAGGCUACGACGUACGGUGAAAUUACGCAGUUGAGUCUGCAAGAACAAAGGAAGAGUUUGCCCAUUUACAAACUGCGGGACGCCCUUCUUCAAGCUAUCCGAGAGCAUCAAGUCCUAAUUGUCGUCGGCGACACCGGUUCAGGGAAGACUACCCAAAUGACUCAGUAUCUCGCGGAGGAUGGGUAUGCCGAGAGGGGUCGGAUAGGCUGUACGCAACCGCGUCGUGUGGCCGCAAUGUCUGUUGCCAAACGUGUAGCGGAGGAAGUCGGAUGCCGUCUCGGCCAAGAGGUCGGAUACACUAUCCGUUUCGAGGACUGCACAAGCCCAGAGACCAAGAUCAAAUAUAUGACUGAUGGUAUGCUGCAAAGAGAGUGUCUAAUAGACCCUCUGGUCAGCUCAUACUCCGUUAUUAUGCUGGACGAGGCCCACGAGCGGACAAUUGCUACCGAUGUAUUGUUUGGUCUCCUCAAGAAGGCUGUUCAAAGGCGUCCUGACCUCAAGUUGAUUGUAACGUCUGCCACUCUGGACGCCGAGAAGUUUUCGAAGUACUUCUUCGGUUGUCCCAUCUUCACAAUCCCCGGACGAACGUAUCCAGUGGAGAUCCUCUACACCAAGGAGCCUGAGACUGACUACCUCGACGCUUCCCUCAUCACUGUCAUGCAGAUCCACCUUUCCGAGCCUCCUGGUGAUAUCUUGCUGUUCCUGACGGGUCAGGAGGAGAUUGAUACUGCAUGCGAAAUCCUAUUCGAACGCAUGAAGGCCUUAGGACCAAAAGUGCCCGAGCUCAUCAUCUUGCCUAUCUACUCUGCCCUCCCCUCUGAGGUGCAAUCAAGGGUAUUCGAGCCCACACCUCCGGGAGCUCGAAAGGUUGUCAUCGCGACCAACGUCGCGGAGACGAGCCUUACCAUUCCAGGCAUCUACUAUGUGAUAGACCCUGGAUUCGCGAAACAGAAUGCUUACGAUCCUCGGCUGGGCAUGGACUCUUUGAUCGUUAUGCCUAUAUCGCAGGCGCAAGCCCGUCAGCGAGCCGGUCGUGCGGGUCGGACAGGUCCAGGAAAAUGUUAUCGCUUGUACACCGAGGCAGCAUACCGCAAUGAAAUGCUGCCUAACUCCAUUCCGGAUAUCCAACGAACCAACCUCGCCCAUACAAUCCUAAUGCUGAAAGCUAUGGGUGUGAACGACCUUCUUAGCUUCGAUUUCAUGGACCCGCCCCCAGCGCAGACGAUGUUGCAGGCCAUGGAGACGCUGUAUGCGCUAUCUGCAUUAGAUGAUGAGGGUUUGCUAACCCGACUCGGUCGUAAGAUGGCUGAUUUCCCGAUGGAGCCUAAGGAGUCUAAGAUGCUUAUCGCCUCUGUCGAGCUCGGAUGCUCGGAGGAGAUUCUGUCCAUCGUUGCUAUGCUUUCGGUUCAAAGCGUCUUCUACCGGCCAAAGGACAAACAGGGUCAAGCGGACUCGAAGAAGGCGAAGUUCCAUCAGCCUGAAGGGGACCAUCUAACACUGCUCACUGUAUAUAACGGGUGGAAAGCAAGCAACUUUUCCAACCCGUGGUGUUAUGAGAACUUCAUCCAGGCGCGAAGUAUGCGUCGAGCUCAAGAUGUACGGAAGCAGUUAUUAGGAAUCAUGGAUCGGUAUGUUGUGUACAAGCAUGAUAUUAUAUCCGCUGGUCGCGAUUACAACCGGGUCCGGAAAGCCAUCUGCUCAGGAUUCUUCCGCAACGCGGCUAAGAAGGAUCCUCAGGAGGGGUACAAAACUCUGGUUGAAGGCACACCCGUCUACAUUCACCCAUCAUCUGCCCUGUUCAACCGGGCGCCGGAGUGGCUUGUAUACCACGAGCUGGUACUCACCACGAGAGAGUACUGCCACAAUGUCACUGCGAUAGAGCCCAAGUGGCUUGUGGAAGUUGCACCACAAUUCUUCAAGGUCUCAGACCCCACGAAGAUUAGCAAACGGAAGAAGCAGGAGAAGAUUGAGCCUCUGUUCAAUAAGUACGAGAAACCAGACGAGUGGCGGUUGUCCAAGGUCAAGCGGAGUGCACGCUCGAGUCAGACGUUUGGUUGA